GUUCGUUCCAAUUUCAAAACGACAACUCUCAACAACGCAAGAUCGGCUGACCAGCAUCACCGUAAUGUCGUCACGAGGCUUCAGCGGGCUGGAGAUGUCCCCCACAAAGCGCCAAGCUCUUCUCAGUGCUGCGACUAGCCGUAUCAUAGACCUCCACUUCACCCUGGUGUGCGGGAAGGGGCUUCUCGCGGUUGGUGCUGACGGACUUACCAGUAACUGCAUCUGCGAAGUGUCGCUAGUGUCCACCGCGCAGAAGUCACUGGCGAGUGCCAGAUCAAAGCUCGUCAAGUCGACCCGCAACCCACUUUGGAACCUCAUCGUCGAAUUCGGCCGCGUCGAUCUCAAGGACGUCGACGGGAUCCAGGUAGUUGUGAAGCACUCGGCUGGUUUUACGUCCAAGCCGUUGGGCGAUGCGUUCAUUCCAGUGGAGUGUUUCGCUGAAAACUCUGCAGUCGACCAGGACGCGUGGUUUCCAUUGAUGCCGACUCCUGACAUGCCGCGCGCUGCGUCAUACGGUGACAUUCGCAUCUUGAUCCCUGCGGCCGCUUCCGAGAAAGUGGCAGCUGUACCGAUCAACCACAGCCCCGUGGCAGAGCUGAGUGCGGUCAAGGCGUGCCAUCAAGCCGUGCCGCGACCAGGGCAAACGUGGAAUGUCGUGGCGGCUCCUUGGGUCGAAGCUUGGCUGGUUUGUACAACUCGCAACUCGGAUCAUCGCCCAUGGCAUAUGCAUGGUAGGUGUUUGUGUCCAAACUUCAGCACACCACCGCAGACGCGCCAGGGCCCAUUCCGAACCACUUCUUACUCGAUUCGACGGCGAACGUACCUCGCGUCCGUGCCAACUUACGGUUGAAGCAAGACUACCGGUUGAUUGACGCAGCUAGUUGGCAGCUCUACCAUAGCUGGUACGGCGGUGGCCCCACGAUCCAAGUUCAAGUGCCUGUGGGGUGCCCCAGCAUUUCCCAGUGGCUGGCAGGUCUGCGCCUGGCCGAUCCAGGCGUCGCGACAAUCGUGCCGUCGUAGCCAUGCCGAAUUGAGUGCGGUGGAGGAAAGACCUCCACUGUGUUACUUCCACUUUGUGAUUAACGUAUCAAAUUUGUGUUCUGGUCUACCCUUGACACAGCACCGCAUCA